AUGUCGGCAAAGGAUGAAGAUGAUGAGGAGUAUGAUGAACGACAAGCUGGUAAUGCUGGGGAUACUCUCGUUACUGGACGGCGUCUUCGACGUGAGCGCGAGGGCAAAAUGCCACCACUCUUAUCUCGAGUCAACGGACAACUUGAAGUUUUCGGCUUCAAUUCACGUCAACGCCGCUCCUUCUUAAAUGCUGUGAUGAGGUACGGCCUCCCGCCUACCGAUCAAAGUGUACUCUCGGCUUGGAAUGUUCGUGAUCUUAAGGGAAAAUCGGAAAAGGUAUUGCGUGCCUACAUCAACUUAUUCAUGCGUCACCUAUGCGAGCCGGAGACUGAAAAUGCUGAGAACUUCAGCGAUGGCGUCCCACGUGAGGGACAGUCUAAUCAGCAUAUACUUACAAGAAUUGGCAUUAUGGCUUUAGUUAGAAAGAAGGUUCAGGAAUUCGAGAAAAUCAACGGUCGCUACAGCCUUCCUGACACUUUGAUCGAAGUUGACUCUGACCUGGCCUUUGAGGCUGGUGAUCCACUAGCCGACGGCAACAACGGAGUCGCGAAAGAACCUAGCCCAGAAGACACAGGAAUUUCAACCCCAACUGUUGCCAUUGUUGCGGCCUCAACACCUACAAUCUCAUUGGCUUCUGUCUCUGCUACAGGCACAUGUAUUGGCGGUGACAACACUGCUCCAUCUGGGGAUUACACAAUGCCAAUCGUUACAAAUGGUUCCAUAACCACCUCCAGCAAUGCAGGCGUAGAGUCAACGCCCAACACCGGGAGACAAGGUGACGAGAGCGCCGCCACGUCGAUCGAUGAUGCUUCGAAAACGAGCGACAAGACUGAGCCCAUGGAGACAGAUGAUUCUGGAGUUCCCGCUAAUUCCUCGGCUGCUGUUAGUGGGGUAACAAUCGAGACCUUACAGCGUGAAAUGUGGGGAAGGGGAUGA